AUGCAAUCCUGUCACACGAUUCCAGAACUUUCGAAGAAAGUUGGGGACUAUGGUCUUUCCUUUGAUACAACAAAUUCUUGUCUGCUUGACGUCGUUGAACAUUCGAAUAAUGAAAUGGAAGAUGUUCUGCUUGAGCUAGGUCGUUGCUUUGAUGGGCACUUUCUUGAACUGAGGAUGGCUAUGUUGGGAAUAGAAAACGAAAAAGAGAGAAAUCUUCUUGCAAAGUUCCAGUCACUGAUUCGUUGGUCCCGUGUCUACCUUCGAUGCCCUAAGUGCGGUUCUCCACUACGAAUGCGUGUCAGCAAAUCGGCUGCACAUUGUGUAACCUGUUCUCGCAUCUACUAUCCAACGCUUUAUCCAGUGUGCAUCACUCUGGUAUCCGAUCCUACUGAUUCUCAUGUUCUUCUUGUUCGGCAUAGGGGUUCUCCAGGAGGUGUGUACACUGCAAUUGCCGGAUUCGCUCAUCCCGGAGAGUCGCUUGAGGAUUGUGUCCGUCGAGAAGUAGCUGAGGAAGUGGGUGUCAUCGUUUCAAAAAUCGUUCCUUUAAACCGCAGCCAGCCGUGGCCGAUACCAGAAUGUUCUCUCAUGUGUGCUCACUAUGCAGUCGCGGACAUGUCGAUGAAGAUAGACGUCUGCCCUAAUGAAUUGGAAGCUGCACGAUGGUACACGCGAGAGGAAGUGGCUGUUGCACUUCGGCGAACUCUUGAUGACCCGUUUUUGAAGGCAUGA